UGCGAGAUAUCUUGUAUUAAUAACUAACAUUCAAACAGCGAUUACUGCAGUAUUCAGUAGCUAGUUCUCAAAUUCCAUUAAAUGUUCGAAUGAAAGCUUAGACCAAUUUGAAUUGUAAAAUUUGCGAUAAAAUUUGACUAAUUUGUGAUACCAACUGUCGCAUUGAAUUAAUCGUUUUGAGCUGAGGGUGAAAUUGAAAUUAUCACAAGAUGGUGGUGAGCAUCAUUUUCGACGUGAUCACCGGGUCGAAGCAGGGCAACGACGGAGACUUCAACGACCGGCUCAACCACCGCUAUUCGGCCAUUGUGCUCGCAUUCUGUGCCAUAUUCGCUAUGUCCACCCAGUUGAUAGGGAGUCCGUUGAACUGCUGGGCACCUGGUAACUUCCACCCCGGCUGGGUGAUGUAUGCUGACAACGUGUGCUUCGUAAAUAAGACCUACUACAUCGCAGACGAGGAUCACGUGACCCUAGCGAGGAAGGAGGGGGACACUGUGUAUGUGGAGUUCUACCAGUGGUACCCUGUCAUUCUCGUUCUCAUGGGGGUGCUGUUCUACGCGCCUCAAAUGUUCUGGACUGGCAUGCUCGGCUCUUACGAGAUCGACAUGAACAAAAUGGUGAACACAGUCGACAAUUGUGAGCUGAUCAUGAAGCCAGAAGAUCGGAAGAACUCCCUCAUGGAUCUGGCCGGGUUUCUGGAUAAACAUCUGGAAGCCAAAAAACGACUCUCCGACAUAAAUAAGAAGAACGUCAACAUUGUGAGCAAGGCUUUAUUCAAAUGCAGAGACAAGGACUCCGGGGCGAGCAUGGGUACGUACUACUUGAUUGUGAAAAUAGCCAUGGUAGUGAACGUAGUCGUGCAGAUCUACGGACUCAACUGGAUCAUCGGUCCAGGCACCUGGAAGUGGGGCUUCGAGGUCCUGGGAUGUAUUCUCAGUGGGCAGCAAUGGACCGACACUUGGAGAUUCCCGAUGACCGCUUUCUGUGACUUCCAGCGUCACGAAGCCAUGGGAACUCGACACCAGGAGACUGUGCAGUGUGUGUUGGGAGUGAAUCUCUACAACGAGAAGAUAUUUCUCUUCGUCUGGUGUUGGCUGUACUUCAUGCUGGUGAUGAACCUCAUGUCUGUGUUCAACUGGAUCAGCACUCUAUUCGCCAGCAACAGCCGAUUCCGAUGGAUUGAGAAGCACAUUCUGAUGGGAAACAGGACCAAGGGACCAGAUCAGGUCACCUACAUUCAAGAGAACGAAGAGAACCGUCGAGCACUGUGGGCAUUUGUGAUGAGCUUCCUCAAACCCGAUGGGGUCUUCAUGCUGAGAUUGAUUGCGGCGAAUACAACUUCGAUCAACAUGACCGAUUUGAUAUGCAAUCUCUGGCAUCUUUACACCAGGAAAGAUCGAGUGAAAGAGAGGUUCCCAAAGCUCCCGAAUAUAACAUCAAUGGAGGAACACACGAAGACUAAGUAAAAACCUGAGCAUCAGGAAUUAGAUGCUUAAACUAACUGAGAGGAAGACGUAGUUUUUAUAAAGACAAAAAGUUUGGUCUGACAUAUUUAUAACAUUUCACUGAAAUUUAAAGACUUGAUUUUCAUA